UCUUUGGUGGACGUCCACAGCGAGCUCUUCUUCCAGAUCUCUGCAGGAAGAAGAAAUCCACAUCUCAAUCACACAUUUUCCAAUAUCACCAUGGAUAUUGGUGACUUGACGACGGUGGUGGCCAACUCGGCCUACAUCUCGGCCCGCGGGAGCUUCGAUGGCACCGCAAACCCGGCGUCCAACCGGGACAAGAAGUACCACUCGCGCUUGAAGCUGCCUCACAUCACGGUGUGCGAGAGUCUCCGGGAGACGCUGGACCUGGGUUUUCAGACGGUCUGCGUGGAGCAGCCCAUCGGCAAACGUCUGUUUCAGGAGUUCCUCGACUCCAUCAACGAGUACAAAGGCCCAUGCCGCCUGUGGAAGGAUAUCGAAGAGUACAACGGCGCCGAGGACGAAGACAGAGUUAAAAAAGCGAGCAAGAUGCUGUCACGGUACAUGGAGCCUGACGCCAAGUAUUUCUGCCCCUUUCUGCCGGAAAAUGGCAUCACAAAGGUCAAAGAGAAACACCAAGACCCCGGAGACGAUCUCUUCAACGAGACCCUGGACAACGUGAUGGACUUUCUCAAGGAGGUGCCAUACACUUUCUUCCUGGAGAGUAUGUAUCUGAAGAGGUUCCUGCAGUGGAAGUGGCUGGAGAUGCAACCCAUGGGAGAGGAUUGGUUCUUGGAAUUUCGUGUGUUGGGGAAAGGGGGCUUCGGAGAAGUGUCUGCCUGUCAGACGAAGGCUACAGGGAAACUGUACGCCUGCAAAAAGCUCAACAAGAAGAGGCUGAAGAAGAGAAAAGGCUUUGAGGGGGCGAUGGUGGAGAAAAGGAUCCUGGCUCGAGUUCACAGCAGAUUCAUCGUCUCUUUGGCUUACGCCUUCCAGUCUAAGACAGAGUUGUGUCUGGUCAUGACCAUCAUGAACGGAGGAGACCUGAGGUAUCACAUCUAUAAUGUGGAUGAGAACAACCCAGGCUUUGAUGAGCCGCGGGCCUGUUACUACGCUGCCCAGAUCAUCCAGGGCAUGGAGCACCUCCACCAGAAGAGGAUCAUCUACAGAGACCUCAAACCUGAAAACGUUCUGCUGGAUAACCAAGGUAACGUUCGUAUCUCUGACCUUGGUCUGGCGGUGGAGCUGGCCGACGAUCAGUUCAAAAUCAAGGGCUACGCCGGCACCCCAGGUUUCAUGGCUCCAGAGCUCCUGAAAGGAGAGGAGUAUGACUACUCUGUGGAUUAUUUCACUCUGGGGGUCACCCUGUAUGAGUUUCUGGCUGCCAAGGGGCCCUUCAGGACCCGAGGAGAGAAGAUAGAGAACAAGGUGGUGAAGAAGCGCAUCUUGAACGAUCCGGUGUCGUAUCCAGAGAAGUUCAGUGAGAACGCCCGGUCCAUCUGCGAAGGCCUUCUGUGCAAAGAGGUCGACAAGAGGAUGGGCUUCAGGAACGGGUCGUGUGAUGAGCUGAGGGCGCAUCCAUUCUUCAGCGACAUCAACUGGAGGAAACUGAACGCAGGGAUCCUUCCUCCCCCUUUCGUGCCAGACUCCAAGACGGUUUACGCCAAGGACAUCGAUGACGUCGGGGCGUUCUCCACGGUUAAAGGCGUGCAGCUGGAGGACAAGGAUAUGGAGUUUUUUGACGAGUUCGCCUCCGGGAACAUCUCCAUCCCCUGGCAGGAGGAGAUGAUUGAGACCGGGAUCUACGGGGAGCUCACGGUCUGGGGUCCCAGCGGCACUUUGCCCAACGACCUGCGGCGUGAAUCCAUCCUGGAGCAGCCGCCCAAGUCCUCCACCUGCACGGUGUCGUGAGAGGACUUUAUAUGAACUGUCAGUAAAUGAGGUCAGCAGAGGCUAGUGGUGGGGAUUUGUUUAUUCUUACCAGCAGUGCAGCUCUAAAUAUGAACACAAGUUUACAAUACUAUUGCACUUUUUCCCCCCAGUUUUUAAUGCUGCAGUGCUAGCCACAGCUUCACAGUACUGUUAUUUAACCUGUCGGCAUCUGACAAAUGCUUUAAAAGCCUUUCACAGUAAAAGUGUGUGCCCUUCAUCUGUUUACAGACAGUUUAUUCUUUUAAUUUGCACCUUAUAAUCGUUUCUAUCACUGUUAGAUUUUUAUUUGAAGGAAAAACUGUAUAAUUUUAACCCUUUGGGUUUUAUCUGACUGCUAUAUGAGCGCAGUGCUUCAGAUGUGUUUAAUUCGUUGACAACAGUGUAAAUAAAAUAAGCUUUUAUGUAAUUCUCCAGAGAUGUUGAGUUUUAAUAAAAGAAAAAUGCCGUUGAAACCAGUGUGUUGUGUACAAUAUAAAUCGAUUUAUACAGAUACAGUAAAGACAUCUGUA